UUUUGGACUCCUAGAAGGAAUCCAGAGGAUGGGGAAGAGAAGGAGUUCAUUCGUCAGAUGAUGCAGGAAAGAAAGGAACAGGAGAGGUUGCAGAAGGAGGUAGAAGAGAGGAAGAGGUUCCAGGAUCAGGUCCGGGCGGAAACAGAAUGGCACGCAGAAGCUACCAAGGCUGAAUUGAUGGCGAUCUUCGGCAGCCAAUUUCUCAUAUGUCGGGAGGAAGCUCGACGGGAGCAGCAACGUACUCCUAUUCUGGUGACUCCAAGAAGGAAGGAGACGAGAUGGGACGACGAUAUGGACAGAGAUAUCGAAGACAUCGAUGACGAGAUUCAACGCCUCUCCGCGUUGAAAGAAAGGAAGAGAAGUGGUAAGACUCCUGUACGGGAUGAUGCGCGUAUGAGACAGCCGGCGUUCGACCAGGCGAAGGAGAAUGAUUGUUUCCGUGCAGAAUCCUCCAGGCGAGGAGAAGAGAAGAAUGGGACGAAGAUUCCUGCUGGGAGUGGACCGGAGGGACUGCUACACUAUGUUUUGGAGCAACGAGCGGAGCUGGUUGCACUUAAGUCAGAAGCUUUGCGAAAGAUUUGCACCAAGGAAGGUGUCCAUUAUUGCACCAAGAGACCCACAAUCGAACGAAUCAUUGCAACCCGUGUCAAGGCUGCUUAUGAAGGGACUAUGGACGCGAUGACCAUCGAGAUCGGAGCGGGGAUCGAGGUUGGGACUUUGACGGCUAUGAAGGCGGUCGUGAUCGGCAUGGUGAAGGACGGAGGGAGCGUCCGAUGGAGUGUGGUAGACACUGGUAGCUCUAGCCAAACGGGCCAUCGAUUCGCGCCCGUCCGCUACGAAUGUGGAGAGCCUGGAGAUUAUAGAAACCAAUGUCCGAGGCUAAGGAGGGAUGGAGGACCAAGAUACGCAGGGCAGCGUGGAAGGUCGUUAUCACCAAGGCAGAAUACUCGUCAUCAUGAGCCGAGAGCUGCAUCCGAAGACCUGGCGGUUAAGCAUCAAAUCGAAGAACUGGCUGCGUCUAUGGCGGCCAUGAAGGAAGUCUACGAUGCUGAGAAAGCAGCGAAGGAAGAGAAGAAAAAGAAGAAGCAGGAGAAGUUGGAGCGAAAAAAGAGGGAGGGGGAGGAAGCAAAAUCAGAGGAAGAAGCCCGCUUAGCGGAACAGAGAAGGAUUGCGAGAAAGGAAGAAAAAUUGCGAAAGGAGGAGGAAGAUCGGCAACUGCUGCGAAAGGAAUUACUCACGGAGUUAUCUCUCCAAAUGGGACAACUUGACGAAUCGCUCAAGCGCCGAUACGAGAGGGAUCUAAGGGAGCGAGCGAAAGGGAAGCAGAAGGUCGUCGUUGCCUCAUCCGACGACGAAGAUGCAUACUCGCAUGAGAGUGAUGUGGAUACCCUCAGUCGUGAAACUGAGCGACUCGUCAUCACGGAGAAGAGAAAACGGAGCAUUGAGAAGGCUGUCGGGGAUAGCCCACCUAUGGAGACACCAGUGAAACGGACGGCCAAACAACGACUCCAGCUGGGAUGUUGCCAUCAACCGAUGAAGAAGGCUUCUCCUCGCAAGACUCCUCAUAAGACUCCAGACGGAUCGAGCUUUGGAAGGUCCGAGGUUAAGGUAAACGGCAAGCAAUGUAAGCUGUGUGCUUGCAAACGGGACAUGGAGAAGGGGGUGGAGAUGGAGAUUCUCCAUUUACGGAGGUGGAAACCAAAGAUUACUAAGCAUAAGGACUUCCUUAUCUCGAUCUUACGCAACAAGAAACGUGUGGAGUCUUUGCAUAAGUGUAAUUUAGAAGUGCUGUUGAGGUUGACGGGAGCAACUCAGGAUUUUCAUAAAGCAUCGACGACGGCCUAUUUGAGGAGAUUGAUCGGCGGAGUCAAGGAGAACUACGGUUGGAGUUUGAAUUCGAAGGUUACAGUGAAACUGAAAUUUGAUGACAGGAUUUGGGUGGUUGAAGUGAGGAAGCUUCUUAACGACCAACUCAAGAUGAUGGAGUGUCCAGCCCUUUUGAGGAAUCAUGCACGAAAGGGAGUGCGCAUCGUAUGGGAGAAAAACCCGUCGGUGGCAACUCUUUUACACAAUCAGCGAGUUUUUUCCCGAGCUGAAGUGGUGACCUGCUCUUAUGCAGGGUUUUCCUAUCCUCGGAUAGGUGGUCACGUGCGGUUCCGACUUUCUGAGCUGGAAGGUAUCCAUCCUCUCCUGUGUAAUGCUAAUAAUGUCCCGAAACUGUCUCAUCCGGACCGAGGAAGCUUGUUGAGGCAAGAAAUCAUGACAGGAUUGGAAGGCUGGGUUAAUUGGAGGGGACCUAAGCCUGUGAUUAGAAGGUGUGACGUGGAAGCCUGUUUAACAGGCGUGCCCGACGCUACGACCAAGUUCCUCGAUAUGAGGGCGGUGCAUCUUCUGAAGAAGAAGCUCGAUGAGUUGGUAAUGACACCUUUGGACAGAAAUCCGGGCGAUAGGCUGGUGCUCUGUCCAAAAGCUAUUACGAAGCCAUGUUGGAGCUUUUUGUAGCAAGCACAGGGUACGUUGUGUCAAGGGAGC